AUGGUAACAACACGGUACUAUCUAAGCUCCAAGUUUAAUGCUGCUUUUGAAUUUGAAUUAGAAGGGCUCGGAGACAUUAAGGACGAAUGGGUUCUACCUAACUGUAAUUAUCCAUCCAAGUUUGCGAGCUCAGGAAAAGAAUUGCUCUCCUUUGUAUGUGAGUGGGGUGGUCGGGUGGCGGGAGGGCUGGGUAGGCUCACAUGGGACGCGCUCUAA